CGAAGAAGAAGCGGGAUGAAAAUUAUGGUGUGGAGUUGUUUGUUUGCAACGUGACUAUAUUUGGCUACCAAAUGUCUCAGUUACAGUUCUUAAAUGCGUUUCUUACGGAGCGUUUAACAGCGGUAGCGUUGGAGACAUCCGUUGUUUUUGAACGUAAGGUAAGCGAGUACCUGGAAGAAAUCAACCGCUCAAAUGAGGAAAACAAACGUCUAAAGAGGCUGUUGGAUUUGGUUUUCAACCCCGAAAUCAAGUUACACAGAACAGACUCCCAGCAGUUCUCUCUCCCUGUCUUUGAUGAUGAGCGGACUCCUGAGAGGAGCUCCAAUAUGGGGCAGGAGGAUGCAGCGACCCCACAGAUUAAAAAGCAGAAGGACCUCCAGACCAGACAAGAGACGGAUACCAAAGACUUACAAUUUAUUUCUGCCUGUGUGAGUAAAAGUGACAAUGAUCAGUACCCACUUCUGCCCCAACACAUGGACCAAAGGCCAGCCCUGGAGAACAGGGAGGACUCUUUGUACACCAACACAAAACAGAUCAAAACAGAAUAUGAUAAAGAGGACUAUGGAGUAUCAGAACCCACGGGUCACCACCAGGCCCUCUCUGUGGUAGAUCCAGACCUUUCCACAGCUCAGUGUGAUAACAGAGUAUGUGUUGAUGGGGCAGUAGAGAUUCUUCUUCUCUUUUCCUUUUCUCCAGUCCUACAGCGGGCCUCCCUCACUCCUUCUGAAGAGGAGGGCCCCCCUGAGCAUUCUCAGCACUGUGAGCGUAGCCCCACUCUGGGGCAGGAGGACCCAGGGACCACACACAUUAAAGAGGAAGAGGAGGAACACUGGACCAGUCAGCAGGAAGAGCAGCGGCAAAUUCUAGAGUCUGAAAUCACAGUGUCAGAACCAACCAGUCUGUGGAUAGUGUCAGAACCAACCAGUCUUUGCAGUGAUCCAGAAUGGGUUGGUGGGUCAGAAGGACACAUUCUGCCUACUGUCCCUCUGGCCCUUUCUGUCACAGAAGAGGAGGUUCUUGCUGAGCAGUGGAAGAUGAGCCCCUGUCAGAAGCAGGAAAAAACUGGUCCCAUAUGUAUUAAAGAGGAAGUGGAAGAACCGAGGAUGUGUCAGAAGAAAGAGCAUUUUCAGGAGCUGGAGUCUAAAAUCAGUGUAUCACAACCAACGAGUCUCUGGAAAUCAAGGGCCUCUGUAGCAAACCUAGACUGUUCUGCAGGUCUGAUUGAAAAUGUAAAUGAACACAAUGAUGGGAUGGAGGGACCCAUUCACCUUUCACACACUUCAGCCCUUCCCCUCUCUGAAAAACAGGUGCCCCCUGAGCAGCAGGACCCAGAACCCACAACAAUCAAAGAGGAACAAAAGAGGUUCCGAACCAACCAGGAAGAUCAGCUUCUCAUCAGAGUAUCAGAACCAACCAGUCUCUGCGCAGUACCAGAACCAACCAGUCUCUGUAGAGUAUUAGAACCAACCAGUCUCUGUAGAGUAUUAGAACCAACCAGUCUCUGCGCAGUACCAGAACAAACCAGUCUCUGUAGAGUAUUAGAACCAACCAGUCUCUGCGCAGUACCAGAACCAACCAGUCUUUGUAGAGUAUUAGAACCAACCAGUCUCUGCGCAGUACCAGAACCAACCAGUCUCUGUAGAGUAUUAGAACCAACCAGUCUCUGCGCAGUACCAGAAUCAACCAGUCUCUGUAGAGUAUUAGAACCAACCAGUCUCUGCGCAGUACCAGAAUCAACCAGUCUCUGUAGAGUAUUAGAACCAACCAGUCUAUGUACAGUACCAGAACCAACCAGUAUGUGUACAGUAUCAGAGCCAACAAGUCUUAGUACUGUUUCAGAACCAAAUCUCUCUGUAGAAAAUUCAGACCACUCUGCAACACAGAGAAAAAACAUAAAACAUAUUGUUGAUGUGGAGACAGUCAUUCUCCCUUCCCUGUCUCCAGACUGUCAGAGGCCCUUUCUCUCUGCCUCUGAAGAGCAGCAGGCGCAGAGACCCAGUCUGGGACAGGAGGAAACAGAGCCCCCAAAACAAGAGGAACCCCAGACAAAUCAGGAGGAAGAGCAGCUGGUGUCUGACAGCAGAGAAUCAGAACCAAACAGUGACCUUCAAGUUCUCUCUGUAGUGGUUCCCUGUGCGCAGCAGGACCAUGAGCAAGACAGGGCCUCCAAUCUGAGACUGGAGGACCCAGUGACCAGCCCAAAGGUUCAGUGUCUCAAGUCUGACAGCAGAGGGUCGGAACCAACCAGUAACUCUCAGCUCCUCUCUGUAGAACCUGCAGACUGCUCUGCAAUCCAGAGUAAAACCAGAGAACCUGUUGAGGACCAAGGACAUCUGUGUAGAAAAGUACGCAAGAGUCUCACCACUUAUUCAGAGGAUUUUAGUGACGAGGAAUCAGACGAAGGAUCAGAUUUCUCUAACUGGAGUGAUGAAGAGUUUUCUGAUGCCGACGGCAGCUCUUCAGACGGCAGCUUUUCAGGCAGCAGCUCUUGCAACAAUGAUAAGAACGUCCAAACAGACUCCAUUGCACAUCGUCCAGGGAAGAGAAGAUCUCCUGCUAGUGGCGUGGUGGAUGAGCCUUCAGCUCUCUCUAACCAGCAGGGGACAGAACUCAGUCCUUCAGACAGCAGUAAAGACACGAACAUCCAGACAGACCCUGUGGCACAUAGUCUUUCAAAGAGAUGUAAGAGGGAGGAUGGUCAUUCUCCAGAGAAUCUGGACAGUUCUACCACAGCUGCCCAAAGAGCCACAAAUGUAAUGCCCGUUAUCGACUGUGGCAGUUCAAAUAAGCAUUAUUGUCUGUACUGUGGAAGACCUUGGACUAACAUCUCCAGACACCUGCUGCAUGCACAUCGACAUGAACCUGAUGUCGCCAAGGCCUUAAGCUUCCAGAAGAAUUCGACGGAGAGAAAGUUUAUGUUGAGUCUUCUGAAUAAGAAAGGUAACUUCGUCCACAAUGUGGUGGUGGCCAAAGAAGGGACGGGAGAGAUGGUUGCCUGUUCCCGGCCUAAAGUCCCGCGCCUCUCACCGGACUACGCCCACUGUAUACACUGUCACGGUCUGUACUUACGGAAGUCGCUAUGGUUACACAUAAAACACUGCCCCCAGUGCCCCCAAGUGCACAUGCCAAAACCCGGAGAAAGGAAAAGGAUCCUGUCAAAUAUUAAAUCCAUGUCAUGUCCCAAACCCGACUAUGUCAGCACGGGUCUGUGGGAAUUAGUCUGUGGUAUGACUAUUGGAGAAGUUUCAUUAGUGGUGAGAAAUGAUCAACACAUUCUCCUCUGUGGCGAGGAGAUGUUUAACAAACUUCAGUCACAUGAGAAAAGCGUGAAACCCAUUUCUCAGAGAUUGAGAAAUUCGGCCAGGCUGCUCAUUGCAGCCCGGGAGUGCACACCCCUGAGGAGCUUUGAUGACUUUGUCCUGCCGGCUAAUUUGCAUCACGUCAUCACGGCGGUGAAAGCAGUAGCUGGCUACAAUGAGGAGAACAAAGUCUACGACCGGCCGUCACUGGCUCUUGCACUCGGACAAAGCUUAUUGAACAUUGCCCGGACCGUGGAAUUGUGCGCGCUGAAGUCGGGACAACAGAUGAUUGCUGAAUCUGCAGAAAAAUUCCAAACUUUCAAGUGGCAUGAGGUGAUUAUGGCAGGAGCAUUGUCAACUCUCAAUGAGCAAAGAUACACAAAAUGUUCCAUCCGUGUUGAGCCAAAAAGAACCCAGCUGGCCAUGGGAAGGGUCAAGUGGACCGAUGCAGAAAUAGCAGCUGUAGAGAAACGCAUGAUGCCCUUCCUGAAGAGUGCGACAACACCUAGGAAGAAGGACUGUGUCAAAUGUCUCCAGUCAGAACCUGAGGCCCUCAAAGGCAGAACCUGGUCGGGCAUUAAGUUCUACAUACACAACAGAAUCAGAAGUAGACAGUGAAUUGUUGGAAAUUGUGUGGACAGCAGCGAAGACCUGAAAUCAAACCCAGGUCCACAGACUGUCGGUUUAUCGCCUUAGGCCAGGGGUACCUAAACGGCUGUCCCCGAGGGUCGCAUUUGGUUUUCAGCAAGCUCAAGAGGUCUGCACAAUUUAUUUUUUUAAUUGGUAAACAUGUGUCCUAAAAAUGAGCAAUAAAUGUACCUUUACUCUCACAAAGGGAGACUGACUGCAUUAGUUUUUUCAGCCAUUUAUCAGGGUGGGUCUAAUGGGGGCGACAGAUGGCCUGGACCAACCUGAAGGUGCUCUGGAUUGAACAGGCUGACAAAUUAUUAACAAGGCAUAGCAGUGAGUGCAUUUGAUUUUCAGACUUUUUUUCAGACCGGUGCAUCAUGGGAAUUGAACCCCUCUUGAUGGACCGGUCAUGCUUUAUGCUCGUCUUGCCCUACCAGCUAGGACACACUAGACUACCUCUAUGCAGAAUAUUUCCAGAUCAUUAAUAUGCCUCGCCCUGCUCUGGUCCGAUCUCGAUAUGCCUCGCCCUGCUCUGGUCCGAUCUCGAUAUGCCUCGCCCUGCUCUGGUCCGAUCUCGAUAUGCCUAGCCCUGCUCUGGUCCGAUCUCGAUAUGCCUAGCCCUGCUCUGGUCCGAUCUCGAUAUGCCUAGCCCUGCUCUGGUCCGAUCUCGAUAUGCCUAGCCCUGCUCUGGUCCGAUCUCGAUAUGCCUAGCCCUGCUCUGGUCCGAUCUCGAUAUGCCUAGCCCUGCUCUGGUCUGACCCCUAUAAUGCAAACCAGUUUUUUUUUUAUUACUUUGAAGUCCAAAGAAUGAUAUGGAUAUGUGUUAUAGAACAAAUUAAACAAAUGUGAAUUUUU